UACAACGUGCGUCCAUGAGUAGUGGCAUCGCUGCUGGUUUUGAAACAGGAUGAACGCGCCACCAGCAUUCGAGUCCUUUUUGCUGUUUGAGGGAGAAAAGAAGAUUACAAUAACCAAAGACACCAAGGUGCCGAAUGCAUGUCUGUUCACACUAAAUAAAGAGGAUCACACACUGGGAAACAUCAUCCGAUCGCAGUUGCUGAAGGACCCUCAGGUGCUGUUUGCUGGAUAUAAGGUUCCUCAUCCUUUGGAGCACAAGGUUGUGAUUCGCGUUCAGACGACACCAGACUACAGUCCUCAGGAAGCCUUCACUAAUGCCAUCACGGAUCUGAUCAGUGAGCUGUCCCUGCUGGAGGAGCGAUUUAGGGUUGCCAUUAAAGACAAGCAGGAGGGGAUAGAAUGAAGAACCAUCACUAUAAUGGACAACAACAACUUAUUCACAAUGGACUGAAUGCCACUCACCAACUGGCUUUCUAUAAUGAGCUACAAUGAAUCCAUUUAUUUAUUUUCUUGAAAUAUUUUGACAGCCGACAAGCUCUCAGAAUAAUAAGAAAAGUAAAAUCUUUAACAACACUGAGGUUAAGAUUGUUGUUUAAAAAAAACAUGCAGGUGUAAAGCAAUGAUCAGAUUUUGAACAUUAUUCAAAAUCUUUCAUUUCACAUCAGAUUAUGUAAAAGGUAUUUUCUUCUUCUGUGUCCUGAUUUAUCAAUGUUUUUUUUUUCCUCAUAAAAAUAAAUGGUCUUUUUUUUAAAUAAAGUAUUGUGGCUGUCUUAUACAGUUA